UGAUAACAGUAUUCCGACGAAAGUUAUCCAGCACUAAGUACAGGCAACCAACGCAUUUUUUUCGUGCACAAAUCAACAGCAAAUCAAGCAGUAAAAUGGCUUUCCUCAAGUACGCAAUUGUCGUCUGUCUUGCACUCGUUUCGGUCGCUCAAUGCGCUCUGUUACGCGCCGCGCCAGCACCUGUUGCCUUCGCCGCGCCCGCACCCGUCGUACCGGUCAACACCGAGAUUGAUCCACAUCCACAAUACGCCUUCGCCUACAAUGUACAGGAUGCUUUGACCGGCGAUAGCAAGAGCCAACAGGAGGUGCGUGAUGGUGAUGUGGUGAAGGGUUCCUACUCCGUGCUCGACGCUGACGGUUCACUUCGCACCGUCUUCUAUACCGCUGAUCCCAUCAAUGGUUUCAACGCUGUCGUUCAACGUGCACCCGUAGCGCCGGCGGUGGUUGCCCCUAGGCCCGUUGUACCUUUGGCGCCAGCGCCACUACCAGCACGUUUCAUUCAAGGUUAAGCGUUUGAAGGAGAGUUCCUAAAGGUCACAUCUGGCUGUUGUAGCAAGAGGCGCUCCAGUAUAGCACUAUAUUUUAUUUAUCGUCUUUAGCGUGUUAAAUAUUUAGUAGUUAACUAACUAGUCAAGCGGCGGCGGUCCGAGCAUAACGAAUAUUGCUAUACACGUAUACAUACAAACGGAGUGUAGUGAUUUGUGUGACCGGCAGGAUAUUAUUGUGUUUCUCUUGUUAUUGUGUAAAGUCAUUUUAGUUAAUUUUUGCGUUGUUGUUUUUGUUGUAAUUAAUAUAACGAGUUAUGAGUUAAUUAUGCACUACAUUUAAUAUACAUACAUACACACGCACUUAAAUAAAAAUUUAAAUGAAACGCGUUAAAAAUCUCAGCGAUCUACUAUUUGUAUAUGCAGAUGCACGUAUGUAUGUAUGUAUGUAUAUUUAAAUUUAUGUAUCUUAUUUUUUGUUAUUUUAUGUAACUUUAGAUGUUCGUUAUUUGUGUAGUAAUAAAUCACUCAGCAACAGUUUUGUGAUCGUAAUCAAACAAA